UAUUUGAAUUGAAACUUCAAAAAAUGAACACUAUCCCAUCGCAUUCCCAUCACACCUCUCUCUGUCUCUCUCUUCACGUUUUCUCUCACACUGUUUCGGUUUUGGCUUAUUAACUAAAAUCAAUCACCUCGCACAAUUCAAGAUCUGUGCAUCUUCACAUUUUUUUUCCUACUGUGCUCUUGCUUGAUUUUUUUUUUUUCGUUCUGUUUUUGGUAUCCUGAGCAUGACAUCCUAGGGUUUGUUAUCAUUUGGCAAACUAUUUCUUCCAUUUCACGUUUAUUUUCGAAUCACAUUCUCUCUCGGACUCUCCUGCUUCUUGAACGAUUCAGUGUUUUCAAAUGCAGAGACCUAAAGGAAGCAAGCAGGUUCAUCGACGUAGAAAACUCCAGAGUUUUCCCUCUGAUUCUGGUUCUUGCAGUGAUGGGGUUGCGGAUGAAGAUUCAGCAUCAUUUCAAUUGGGGUUCGGGUCCUCGAAGCAACCGUUUGGAACUCCCAUGAAGAAGCUAUUAGCUGAAGAACUGUCCCGAGAAACUGAACCCAAAAGAAGAGCUCCCGGUGUCAUAGGCAGAUUAAUGGGUCUUGAUGGACUUCCGUUGCAAUUGCCUGCUAAUAAGCAUCACAAGCAUGUGUCAGAAAAUAAUGUGAAAGGGACAACACCGGCAGCGAAAACUCGAAGCAGUGGUAAACUAUACGGCAGUCGAACAUCUGGAAGAUAUUCAAAGAAUCAACAAGAGUUUAAGGAUGUGUUUGAGGUCUCAGAGAUCUCAAACAUAGAGGGUUGUAGGUAUUCGUCCCAGGGGUCUGCAAAGUUGAAGAUCACUGAUGAUGAAAUGUCAUUUGUUGAACAGAAAUUCAUGGAUGCCAAACUCCGUGCAACUUAUCAGGAUUUACCGUCUUCCCAGGAUUCCCAUGAUACACUCGAGAUUCUAGACUCUAACAAUGAUCUUCUGCAAAAAUACUUUAAGCGGCCAGAUUCUUUGUUUAAAAGGCAUCUAGAUGAUCUGCAAGGUUCCCCUUUCGAAUCACAUUUUGAUCACAUCAAAGGUACCAAAUCAUCAGAUAUAGAAAACUAUGAACAUGGUGACUUAAGCCCGAAGCCGGGUAGGGAGAUAAAAGGGUUGAAUUACAAUAGAUCUCAUCAGAAGCAUCGUGAUGGUUAUUCUUCCCAUGUAAUCAGAAAACAAGAUACUCAUAGUUCGCCAAAAUCAUCAAAGCUUCAGUUUCGGGGAAGAGGUGAGCCUGAUGCAGUCCCAACAAGGAUUGUUAUCCUAAAACCUAAUCUUGGAAAAGUGCAGAAAGCUACCAAAAUUGGUUCACCACCUUGUUCUUCACAUACUUCUCUGUUGGAUUAUGGAAAGUAUCCUAAAUUUUCAGAUAGCAGAUUUAGGGACGCUGAAGUGAAUCAAAGGAUAAAUUUGCCUGAUAAUGCCUGGCAUUCAAGGCAAAAUUCUUUGGAAUCAAGAGAAAUUGCAAAGGAAAUCACAAGCCAAAUGAAAAAUAAUUUGAGUAAUGGCUCCAUGUUAUUAUCAACUUCUAGAUUUAGAGGAAAUACGUGGGACAAUGGCUCAUGUAGUUUUUCUGGGAAUGAAUCUCUUGAGGAAUCAGAGGCGACACCUGCAACCUUGGGAAACUCAUUUUACGUAAGUAAUACUAUCAGCCCAUCAUCAUGUUUUAGUGAAUCAUUUGUGAGUAAAGAGGCAAAGAAGAGAUUAUCAGAGAGGUGGAAAAUGUCACUCAAGUCUCAGCAGGGUCAUUCUGUAUCCAGGAGUGGUACUCUAGCUGAAAUGCUUGCGACCCCUGAUAAGGAAUCUAAAACAGCUAAUUUUGACAGCAGCCCUAGUGGGGGUUUACGUGAUAAACUUUCUAGCAAUGGUAAACCUGCUGGGUGGGUUGAACCAUUGGGUAUUAGCAGUAGGGAUGGAUGGAAGGAUGGAUGUAUUGGAAGUUUACCAAGGUCUAAAUCUCUUCCUGCUUCAUCUACUACUUCUUUCGGAAGUCCUAGAACAAUUUUGUACCAUGAAGCUCUUCACGAUGAUCGAUUUAUGAUGCCAAAGGUAGCCUGUAAACGGGAAAGGAAGAAAGUGGUGAAAUGUCUUGAUCAGAGACAGUGUAUGAAUACGAGAAACCUAAAAAGCAAGAAGUAUCGGUGUCCUCAUCCAUCAAAUCUAGAAGGCAAUGAGUCAUCCCCAGACUUGAAUACAAUUCAAAAUAAAGUGAGGCUUAAUCUUGAAGAGGAUUUGCCGAAGCACGAAAUGGUUGCCGCUGAAUCAUUAGCUGAGAUCGAUGGAGAAACUAUUGCAGUUACUGAAGCUGUUGUGAAUGUGGCAGAUGAAAAUGCAGUUGUUUCAUCUGAAUCUUAUAUUAAGGAGUUAUCAGUUGGGUCUUCCGCUAAAAAUUCUGUCCCGUUACAAACACCUGUAUCUGGACUUGAAUCUUCAUGCUGUAAAGAUGCGGAUCAACCCAGUCCAGUCUCAGUGCUAGAACCUUCUUUUACUGAUGAUCUGUCAUCGUGUUCCGAGUGUUUUGAAAGUCUCAGUGUUGACAUACAAGGGCUUCGAAUGCAACUUCAGUUGCUGAAGCUAGAAUCUGAAGAAUUUGUGGAAGGAUCCGUGCUAAUUCAAAGUGAUGAAGAUGGUGGGGAAGCAUACACAGGAAUUUCAGAAGACAACGGAUUACUUAAUGGAGAUAGCUGGGAGUCUUCCUACAUGAUUGAUGUCUUGUCUGAAUCUGGAAUUGAUAGAGCUUUGCCUGAUGCAUUUUUGGAAGUUUGGCAUUCUCUUGAAUGCCCUGUUAGUCUUUCGGUGUUUGAUGAGCUUGAAAAGAAGUACUCUGAUUGGAGUACUUGCCCACGGUCCGAAAGGAGAUUGCUUUUUGAUCGUAUCAAUUGGGGAAUUAUCGACAUAUACGAGCAAUUCGUUAGUGCACAACCAUGGGUAAUCCCUUCGAGAGCCACAAAUCUUUGUUCUAGUUCGAAAUUGAUUAAAAGUGGACUCCAAGACUGUUUGUACAAGAUGCUGUGGACUCAGGGAAAAGUAAAGGAUACGACACUGGGGAAGGUGUUGGUUAGUGAAUUGCAGUGGUUGAACUUAAGAGAUGACAUUGAUGGAAUAGGUAGCAAAGUUGAGAGCUUGCUACUUGAUGAUCUAGUGGCAGAGAUAGCUGUUACAUAGGCAUUUUGCGCCUGGACAUUUUUGCUCUAGGAUGUUUCGUAAUACAUGAAUCAAGUAGAUAAAUGGUAAUUUCGCAAAAUGAAUAAAAAGUGUCAGACAGAAAAUGAGCUCGCAAAUCAUUCUGCAGAAAAUGGAGUAAGCUUGUUAUAGUGACUUCCAAUUUGCAUUUAAUAAAAUGAAAGUGUCAACCUUUAAACAAUAGGGGUAAAGGUUUUGCCUCCACUCUUGUCAAUUGUAAAACCAUCCACCCUGUAGCGCUCGCCAAUAUUUCAACACUAGCAUUCAUUCUCUUUC